UUUGUGAGCAUAUAAGUGAGCUGAUAAAUAUCAUUGACCCUUUGUUUUCUUUCUUUCUGGGAUCGGAGACACAACACAACACAGACACACACUCGCUUUGUUUCUGACUCGUCUCCUCGCAGAAGAGAAGAAAAACAGUGUAUAAUUAAUGAGUAUCUUGGGGAAAGCAAGAGAAGGAGUAAUUGUUCCAUCUAUGAAACUUGUACGAUUAAAAGGGAUGUCUAUUUUGGAGCAAUUGCAUUUAGAAGAACGCUUGCUUCGAACUAGUUCCGAUAAUUGGUGUCUUAUUAACGAUGGUACCACUUCUCCUGCCAUUGUUAUGGGUUUGUCCGGGAAACUUUCAGAACUUGUUGAAGUCAAGUCUGUGUUGCGAGAUCAUAUACCUAUCAUCAGAAGGUUUACUGGGGGAGGAACUGUUAUUGUUGACAACGGCACUAUCUUUAUUACACUGAUAUGCAAUAAAGACGCUGUUCCAAAUGUUCAACCCUUUCCCCGUCCAAUUAUGUCAUGGAGUGGUCAAUUGUAUGGUAGAGUUUUUGAAGGGCUUGCUGAUUUCCAUCUCCGUGAAAAUGAUUACGCGUUUGGUGAUCGAAAGUUUGGUGGAAAUGCUCAAUCUAUAACCAAGAACCGGUGGGUACACCACACAUCUUUUCUAUGGGAUUAUGAAGCCAAGAACAUGUCUUAUCUCAAGUUACCAACAAAGGCUCCCAAGUAUCGAUUAACAAGAGAUCACAUGGAUUUUAUAUGUCGAAUGAAGGAGCAUAUGCCAAGAUCAGAAUUUAUAGAGAGAACUAUAAAGGCGGUUGGAGCUGAGUUUUCUGUGAGUCCCGUUAGCUUGGAGUCCGUAAACAAUGAUUCUGUUUCUGAAUAUGUUCAUACUACGAAGCUACUAACAGAGCAGGAAAUUCGGGAAGCUUCUAUUGUUCAAACUUGAAAGUAUAGUUACAAAAGGACUGACAAUAAUUUUUGAGUAGCAUGCGAGAAAAAAUUCGUCGAUGGGGGAAGGAGGAUGCUGCUGAGGAACUUGCUUUCCCAAGUUGAGUGCUGAUGAAAUUUAAAUGCCAUGUAUUUGAAACUGUUGUCUGAUCAAUUUAUACUAAAUAAUUCUUUCUGACCAAAUUUUGCUAAAAUGUUCUUGUCAGUAGGUAUUGUUUUUAUUUCAUUCUGAAUUCUCUACUAUCAUCUUCUUAUUUAGAUGCUAUUUUUCUCUCAAUACUUUCCUUUCUUGUAGCUUGUAAUAUCGUAAUCUAUUAAAAUAAUAAUAAUUUUCUAUCAUUGUUUUUA